AUGGUAGAGAAGCACAUUGACGAAAAUUUGGUCAAAAGAUUUGAGACCCUUAGCAGCAAAACCCCUAUCAUCGAUACCCAUAAUGAUUUUCCUUACUUGUUAAGAGUCCAAUUACAUAAUGAAUUUGAGACAGUUAAUAGGUUUAAAUUUGAUGGCAAGUUGCAAAGUCACACUGAUCUAGGCAAAUUCAGACAAGGCAGGGUUGGAUUACAAUUUUUCAGCUGCUUUAUCGAAUGUAAGGAUGACGAUUAUUUGUAUCAAGACUUCAAUAAGCCAAACAGUGCUGUUAGAGAUACUAUGGAACAAAUUGAUGUUGUUACACGUUUAGUGAGCUCCUAUCUGGAGGACUUGGAGAUGGUGCAGAUGUCUCUGCAAGUGAUGGAUGUUUAUUCCAAAGGGAAACUUGCUAUUACUAUGGGCGUUGAAGGAUUGCACCAAGUAGAUAGCUCUCUAAGUGUAUUAAGAAAGUAUUACGAGUUGGGAGUACGUUAUAUCACAUUGACACACAAUUGUGACAAUCCAUUUGCUACUGCUGCCUCUUCAGUGGUUGCUGGUUUACCCGAUAACGGCCUUUCUGACUUCGGAAGAUCCUGUGUCCUAGAAAUGAACAGAAUAGGCAUGAUGGUAGAUCUAUCUCAUGUAAGUUAUAAGACCAUGCUUGAUGCAUUGGUGAUAACUAAAGCUCCGGUAAUGUUUUCUCACUCUUCUGCUUAUACUAUCACACCGAACGAAAGAAAUGCAAGGGACGAUGUGUUGUUAAAAUUGAAAGAAAAUAAUGGUGUAAUUUGUAUAAACUUUUUCCCUUCGUUUAUCAGGCCACAAGGUGGCGAAAAUGCCACUAUAGAUGAUGCAGUAAACCAUAUAAAGCAUGUUGUUGAAUUGAUUGGUUGGGAGCAUGUUGGACUUGGAUCUGAUUUCGAUGGAAUUCCUGAAGGUCCAAAGGGUCUUGAAGAUGUAUCCAAAUAUCCGGACUUGAUAAUUAAGGUCAUGGAAAAAUUGAACGCAUCAGAUAGUCAGAUACGAUUGUUAAUGGGGGAUAACGUUUUGAGAGUUUGGAAUGAAAACGAAAAAGUUGCUAGAACGUUGCAAAAAGCAGGAACUCAGCUUGUGAACGAAACUUGGAAUAAAAGAGAUUGGAGCUUCUUUGAUUAUGCAAGUACUUUCCCUGAACUUUUUCCUGGUGCUUAUCAGGAGAAAACUAAUACGUAUAAAGAUCAAAAAUGA